AUGGCCCCUUCAGCAACAGACACCUCUUUCGCAGCCCACGUGGCGAGCCAAUUCCAAUCCUAUGAAGAAGACCGCCAGGCAACUUCCAAAGAAACCGUCUACACCACAAGCAACGGCGUCCCUGUGGCGCAUCCCUACGAAACCCAGAGAUGCGGCGAGAACGGGCCCCUUCUGCUCCAGGAUUUCCAUCUGAUUGAUCUCCUAUCUCAUUUUGACCGCGAGCGUAUCCCCGAGCGAGUCGUGCACGCAAAGGGCAGCGGCGCUCACGGCUUCUUUGAGUGUACGGACCCCCUGGAUGACCUCUGUCUUGCGGAUAUCUUUUCGCAGAAGGGCAAGAAAUGCUCUGUUAGCAUGCGCUUUUCGACAGUUGGAGGAGAGUCGGGAUCUCAUGAUAUGGCUCGUGAUCCUAGAGGAUUCUCAGUGAAAAUGCGCACUGAUGAGGGUAACAUGGAUUGGGUAUUUAACAACACCCCGGUGUUCUUCUUGAGAGAUCCUGCAAAGUUUCCUCACUUCAUUCACACCCAGAAGCGUGAUCCCAGCACUCACCUCACUCACGCUGAUGACUCUUUCGCCUUUUGGGACUACCUUUCGCAGAAUCCUGAGUCUAUACACCAAGUGAUGAUUCUCAUGGGAGACCGUGGAAUCCCGCGUGGAUAUAAAUACAUUCAUGGGUACUCCGGACACACAUUCAAGCUUGUGAACAAGAACGGAGAUUGGGUAUAUACGCAGAUUCACCUCAAAUCCAUGCAGGGCACAGACUUCGUCACCCAAGAAGACUCUGCUGAAUACUCUCCCGACUUUGCUCAGAAGGAUCUUUACGAGUCCAUCCAAAACGGGGAUUAUCCUAAGUGGAGUCUUGAGGUGCAGACAAUGACACCCAAGGAAGCUGAAGAACUCUGGGAGAAGCAGAAGAUCAACGUCUUUGAUCUUACACACGUCUGGCCUCAGAAGCAGUUCCCUCGCCGAAAGGUUGGAGAGUUUACUCUCAAUGAGAACGCCAUCAACUACUUCGCCGAGAUUGAGCAGAUUGCUUUCAACCCAGCCCAUCUGGUCCCUGGUGUUGAACCAUCUGCAGAUCCUGUUCUUCAGUCUCGCCUCUUCUCGUAUCCCGAUACUCACCGCCACCGUCUCGGCGUGAACUACCAGCAGCUCCCUGUCAACGCAACUAGAACAGCACAGAAGUCUGGAAACUUCCAGCGAGAUGGACAGAUGGCAUUCUUCAGCCAAGGUGCACGACCGAACUACCUCUCAUCCAUUGACCCUAUCAAAUUCCGUCCCAGAACUGUUGAUCUGGACAAGACACACGGCCAUUUCACUGGCGAAGCUAUCACCUUCCUUACUGCAAUCAGACCAGAGGACUUCAAUGCCCCACGCGCCUUGUGGAGAAAUGUAUUUGAUGAGCCUGCCCGUGAGCGCUUCAUCAACAAUGUCACCGGUAAGAUGAAGCUGUGCAAGCAGGAGGAGCCAUUAAAGCGUCAAAUCGCCAUCUUCCGGGAGGUUGAUCCUGAGAUUGCCGAGCGGCUGGAGAAGUCUACUGGUAUCAAGGGAUACGACGGUAUUGCAAACAUGUCAUUUAACGGUACCCACAACGGCAUGACAACUGAUGAAGAUAAGAAGCUUGCGAACGGCAUCAUUGCAGAGAAGGGAAAGAGUGUCACAGCACGGAAUGGAGCGCCUGGAAAGGGGAUGCAUGGGAGAUUGGAGACCAAUGGCAACUCUAACGGUUCGAGCGGUCACUAA